AUGGCCGAACACUUUAAAGAAGUAAGCACAUGCUCUGUCUGCCUAACUUACCUGGAAAAACCCGUGCGCCUGAAAUGUGGAUACCUCUGCUGCCUCGGAUGCAUCAACUCCCUGCACAAGGAACCCCACGGGGAGGGUGUGCUGUGUCCAUUAUGCCCUGUGGUCUCUCAGAAGAGUGACAUCAGAGCCAUUCCCCAGCUGGGGGAGCUGGUUUCCAAGAUCAAGAAACUAGAGCCCCAGCUGAGAAGUGUUCUACAGAUGAACCCAAGGAUGAGGAAGUUCCAAGUGGACGUGACUUUGGAUGUGGACACAGCCAACAACCGUCUCAUAAUUUCUGACGACCUGAGGAAUGUUCACUGUGGGCGUUUCAGGCAGAAUAGGAUAGGACGUGCUGAGAGAUUCAACUGCGCAUUGUGUGUCCUGGGCUUCUCUAGGUUCACUUCCGGCCGGCAUUACUGGGAGGUGGACGUGGGCACAAGCAUAGAGUGGGAUGUGGGAGUUUGCAAAGAAUCGGUGAAUAGGCAAGGGGAAAUCCUACUGUCUUCAGAACAGGGCUUCUGGACUGUGGGUUUGAGGAGAAGGCUGCUUUACACUGCCAGCACCGUGCCCUUGACCCCUCUCUGGGUGAGCUCCCGGUUACACCGAGUGGGGAUUUUCCUGGAUAUGGAUAUGGGCACUGUGUCCUUCUGUGAUGUCAGUGAUGGGACCCAUAUCUUCACAUUCACUAAAAUUUCUAUUGUGGAGCCACUGUGCCCAUUUUUUUCUCCUGCAAAUGCAACUCAUUAUAGUCAAGGGUACCUGAGUAUCUGUCCUUUGAUGGAUCCCGGCAUUGCCAGUCCUCAAAUUCAUCCUGGGCAAGGCAAAUAA